GGAAUGCCAACGCAAUGCCUAUCAAGCCACCCAACAAGCGGGGGGCGAGUUACUUAUGCACUCCGCAUCCAGGCCAGCGGGCCCUCGCACUACUGUAUCUGGUAUCUGUGGAGGCAAGCAACACGCCAACAGUGAGUCACAAUGCAGAACACUAUCGAGGCAUUGGUUCCCAUGUCUACACCGGAAUACCGAAAUAGCAAUACCGAGAUCAGCGGACGUCGAACGGGGCGUACACUCGGUCGGCGGGGUGUAAGUACUUAUAAUCACAGCCGUAUUUCCAGAGCUUUUAAUUUUGAUCUGAACUACGAUUACACACUUGGAUAAUAGGUGAUCAUGUCUUCGACUGCCGGUCCUGCAACGAGCGGACAUGCCACGGCGCAGUCGGCAGUCUCAGCAGCGACAGCGCGUUUCACAACGCGGAACCCAGAGAGCUGGAGACUGCACCAAGAAGCCAGCAAGCAGCUACCCGGGGGCAAUACCCGCAGCGUGCUGCACACAGCGCCGUUUCCCGUGUUCCUCAAGAGCGGGAAAGGGCAUCAGGUCACGUCUGAAGACGGGCAUACAUACACGGAUCUGGUGGGCGAAUUCACGGCUGCACUGUACGGACACUCGCAGCCUGUGAUCCAGGCCGCGCUCAUUGAUACUAUCAAUGCUGUUGGACUCAACCUGGGCGGUACGACGACGCUGGAAACGAGACAUGCGGCUUUGAUUUGUGCGCGCUACGGCCUCGAUCUCAUCCGCUUUACAAACUCAGGAACGGAAGCAAAUCUCCAUGCUAUACAGGGCGCACGCCGUUUUACUGGGAAGAGAAAGGUGGUUGUGUUUGGGGGCGGGUAUCACGGGGGCUGCUAUAAUUUUCCGGAGAACCAGCCUGCGGAGAACUGUGUGGACAGGGACGACUGGAUCAUUGCAGAGUUCAACGAUGUUGAAGAUGCGAGGAAGAAGAUCGAAGAGUCGGAAGAUGUGGCGGCGGUGCUUGUAGAGGGCAUGCAAGGGCGAGGCCCAUGUCUUGUUGGAACCCGUGACUUUCUGCACCAGGUCCAAGCUUCGGCGAAGAAAGUCGGUGCCGUCUUCAUUUUCGACGAGGUGCAGACAAGCCGCUUGGCACCGGGCGGUCUGCAGGAGCUUGUGGGACUGAAGCCUGAUAUCACUACCUUGGGCAAGUUCCUGGGUGGCGGCAUCGCCUUUGGCGCUUUUGGAGGACGCGAAAAUCUCAUGUGGGUGUAUGAUCCGAGAGAUAACAGCUCAAUGGGUCACUCUGGGACUUUUAACAACAACACGCUUGGCAUGGCAGCGGGAUACACAGGCCUGGCAAGCGUGUACACGCCUGAUGUCUGUCGUGACUUCAACGCAAUGGGAGACGAGUUCCGGCGGCGCCUCCAAGCCCUCUCACAGGGCACGAAAAUGACCGUCACAGGCCUUGGGACCAUCCUGGGAAUCCAUUUCCUGCAUGACGGUAGGAAGGAAUUGAGGAAUGGCCGGGAUCGCGACGCAGAUGCCGACUUGAGUACGCUCCUCUGGAUGGAAAUGAUGGAGGCUGGCUUCUGGAUUACGAACCGUGGCAGCAUAGCAGUCAUCUUGGGGACGCCCUGGGAGGAGCUGGAGCGGUUUAUAGAUUGCGUGGACGCGUUUCUGCAGAGACACGGAGGCCUGGUGGAGGUGCGGGCGAGUGGGCGUGACGAGCGGCUUUGAUCCUCAUGGUCGGUUUGCGGUGACGUGAGAGUUAUUUGCAGUAAUACGAGGAUAGGGCCGCCCCGGUCUAAUAGAUGCGAUUCGUGUAAUGAGUUUGAGCCAUCAGGUCUGACGAGUUAGCGGGGGGAUGGCUGUUGG